CUGGAUUUGGACGAAAAGCAACAAAGGCACCCGGUUGUCUCAUCUAUAGCACCACUAGACAACCCUAUCCUUUCCCGGACAGCUAUCUCUACACUUGAAAUUACAACCACCCCGGAAUUGGCUGCUGGAAAUCCAAAGCAACGGUGCACCUGCCUAUUGCGUGCGUCGAGACGAGGGCGGACCUCCGAACGCGGCUCUACUUGCUAGGAGAUGGCGUCUACGUAUGCAUUGCCCACUGCUUCCACGACGCGCGCUCAUAGCCAUGGACGACCACGAGCCAUGUAUCCUCCCGACGCUUCUCCUCUGCGAAACGGUCAACUAUCGCCUGUCGACGAGCAGAACCACUUUGCCCUAGGCCACCAGCACCAGAUUUCGUCCAGUAUGAACGGGAACGGACAAUCGUAUGGCGCAGCGCGCUCCCCGUACGUGGAACAGAACGGACACGGUCACGACCACCAGGGCCACAGCCACAAACACUCGCUUUCAAACGACUCGACACACUCGUUCAAGUCCUUCUCGAACGGGAGAACGCGAGGCAUGGCUCGAGGGGACCAAGACUUGGGACGCACUCCGACGCGCAAGAACAAAUCGGUAGAGAAGGCAGUCUUCUCUCCAAUACACGAGAACCCUCCUGCGCUGGCCCCACCCUCUUCAUCAUGGCUGGAACUGCCCGAAGCGCUCACCGCGCUCCUCAUCCCGCUCCCAUACCUCCUCGCAUCACUAGCAUUCCCAAGCGGCGCCAGCCGAAUACGAAAGCUACCUCUGACGCUCUCCGAAGCCGUUGCUAAGCUUGCGCCUGCCAUUGAGACGCAGGACGUCGCAAACAACUCGCAGCUCCUCCACGCUCUUGCGCUCUCGUCUGCGACGUUGAUACUGGUUGGCCUGAUACCAAAGUUAAGCUCAGGCGUAGAUCAGCCCUUGGACAGGCGGAAGGCAGGAAGCUCUCGCAGCACAGGCGCUAUGGUGCGAGAUUGGACUACAACCUGGCGUAUGUGCAAAAGUAUGCUCAGCAUAUUGUUGCCAUUUUUUGCGGCGCUACAGCUUGGAGGGGCCAGGACAGCGUUGGUCCUUUUAGCUGCGACUUCAGGAGGACUUGGAGCUCUCGACCAGAAGCCAGGGAAGCAUACCUAUUGGGACGAUCUGAAACGAACACUACGAACACGGAAAAGCACUUGCGCAGUGCUAGCUAUUGGGAUGCUUACAGAUAUUCUGGAUUCUGGACACGCGGGAGGAAUCGUACUUGGAAAUUGCGCUUUGUUGGUUUCGCUUUUUCUGGUCCCUCCGCCUUUGCCUACGGCUGGCUGGUCAAUUAUGACAGGACAACAAAAUCAAUAUGGCAUGCAGAUGUCAACUCGAGCAUCGUUGCCGAAGCCUUCAUCGCCUUUGACAGGUUCGUCUGAAGACACGCUUAUCACCAUCGUCUCAGGGCUUCUCCUUACAUUGGUCACGGUUUUGUACUCAGCUUUCUCGUCUUCUUCGCUGUUUCCAACACAGCACGCGAUUCUGUUCUCUAUUUUGUCAGCUGUGUCGGCAGCGGCACUCGUGUGCUUUUCACUGCCAGCAGCAUUACGGAGCCAAAAGAAGGUCGGACUCGUUCUUGGCUGUCUUUUCCUUGCUGGUUUCGGUAUCUGGGAGUAUUUCGAUACACAUCUAGCCAGGGUGUACUUCCCAGUGAGCUGUUUGCUGUUUGUCGCGGCGCAACACUUCGAUACAAAGGCGCAUGCGCCUCAUUCCCAUGAUCACUCGCAUGCUGGUCAUAAGCACGCACACGACGACCAUGAUCAUCAUCUUCACGGCAACCACUCGAAGCUCUCCGCAUUUCUGAUUGCGCGAGCUACACCGGGAUCUAUCAUACACAGCAUUUUGAUUGAGAAAGACUCCCGCCGGAUUGCUUAUUUCGGAGUGCUCAACUUGAGUUUCAUGAUGGUUCAGUUCUUCUACGGCUACGUCAGUGGCUCUCUGGGACUGCUUACCGACAGCAUUCACAUGCUGUUUGACUGUGCUGGUCUUGCUGUAGGUUUGGCUGCAGCAGUAAUGAGCAAAUGGCGACCGAAUGCUCGAUUUCCGUACGGCUAUGGCAAGAUCGACACGCUUUCUGGUUUUGCAAACGGCGUGUUCCUUCUCCUCGUCAGUGUGGAGAUCAUCUUCGAUGCUUUUGAGCGCUUAUACGAGGGCCACGAGCUGCAACGACUAAAUGAACUCCUGGUCGUCAGUAUUCUCGGCUUCCUGGUGAAUAUCGUGGGUCUUACAGCCUUUGGACAUGCUCACCACGGCCAUGGGCAUUCUCACGACCACGACCAUGGAGACCACGGUCACAGCCACUCUCACGACAACGAGAACAUGCAGGGCAUCUUCCUCCACAUUCUCGCUGAUGCUCUUGGUUCCGUAGCUGUCAUCAUCUCUACCAUUCUCACCAAAUCUUACGGCUGGUCCGGUUGGGAUCCCAUCGCGUCAUGCAUGAUCGCCAUUCUCAUUUUCUUGUCCGCAAUCCCGCUGGUGAAGAGCGCCGGCAUACGACUUAUGCUUUCUCUGCCCGCUGAUAUUGAGUAUGGUGUUCGUAACACGCUUGGUGAACUCGGCUCACUCAGAGGUGUGGUUGGGUACAUGGUGCCGAAGUUCUGGCUCGAAGACGAGGGUGCGGCGCAUGCAGACGUUCACGCUAAGGAGCAUGAUCACGACCAUGACCACGACCAUAAGCAUGAAGACGCGGGAUGUGGCCAUGGACAUGACCACGGACAUGCUGGCCACGACCACAGCUCUUCGCACGAUCACUCCCAUUCUCACGACCACUCACACAACCAUGCACACGAUCAUUCUCACGACCACUCGCACGGCCAUGAUCACUCACACGACCACCACGACCACGAUCACGACCACAGCCAUGCCCCCCGCCAGCAAAAGAUCCUCGGCGUCAUCCACAUCAUUGCGUCUCGCGGCGCAGAUUUGGAAGACGUACGCGAACGCACAAUACAGUUCCUUAAAGGCAAGAACAUGGAGCUAGUUGUUCAUGUAGAGCGGGAAGGUGACGGGCGGUGCUGGUGCGGCGGUGAUUCGAAGAUGAGUUGAUGAGUGUUUUGCGCUGCGCAUACUGUGGAGUUUUUGUAUACAAGGGAAUGCAUAGCAUUGGGUAAUUGCGUUAGACUAGGACUGUGUAUAAAUUCUAGGCAUUGUGUCCGCUUGCUGUUUUCGUCAUACUUUGUCCAGCUUAUUUCGCAAAAUCACAAGAAAUGGAUUAUGCCAAAACACAUGAGGGUUGUUCUGUGGUUCACUUACACAUAUCUUCUUCAGUUUCAAUCCACUUCCAUCCACUUCCAUGUUUUUGUUUUCUACCUUCUCAAAAAAGCAUUGAAUCUUCGUCUCGUCUACUCUACCAAUAGUCUUUCUCGCAUUCUAUGCACCUCCUUCC